AUGUAUUGGCCAUGCAGCGUGCCUCAAGUGUCUGCAUACCAUGGACCCAGUCCGACAAUCGGGGACGACGACAAUAUAGAUGGAGUAGAGAUUAGUCGUCACGAUGACUCCAACGAGACGACCAGAAGCAAUGGCGGCCUUGACGGUGAAGUGGAUGCAAUUAUCGACUUACAAGCAGCCCGCAAUGACCACCUUUUUGCAACAAUCACAUCCGCCCGACUAGAUUUGUGGUCCACGCGACCUGUUGUCGUGGUCGCCUCGCUAUCUCGGUCACCAAAAUCACUUGAGACAUAUGGCACCAACCUAGGUGUUGUUUUCAGACCGGAUUCGAGUACGAUCGUCAUUCGUACGACCGAAAGCUUUUUGAUGACCUACUCCGUGGAAAGCGAUCAGAAUGCUCGUGUUCUUCAACAACAGUAUGGAUAUAGCCAAGCGAAAAGACAAAAUGUCAUGCGAAGUUUUGGUGUGGACGAGACUGCCGGUGUUGGCGAGGUCCUUCUUCGAUUCCGACGAGCUAUCAAAAUCGACGCCGGGAUAAAUUCAGUCAUCGCAUUGGAUUCAGAACUGAUCGUGGCAACCAAAAAGCCGGCUGCUGUGCAGUGUAUCAGGUGGGAAUUGCAGAAAGACGGGUCCCAUGCGGUGGCCCAAUUGCUGGCGAAAAUGGACUGGAUCAAUCCAAAAUCGGGGAUCUCGACCAUGGUCCAUGAUCGAGCGAUGAAUCUUUCCGUCUGGCUAUCCCCAGAUGGACACGCGUAUGCGGUGCAGCGCGUUAAACCUCAAAUCACAAGAGCCGCAUCGUCUGAUGACUCCAUCCCGUCAUCAAGAUCCUCUACGACUCCAUCCACGAGGCUAUUCGAUGGAUAUUGCUUUCACGCACCAGAUGCUUCCGUUGAAGCGAAACUCGCAAGCAUCAAUGCUCGAUUUUCGCUCAUUGCCAUUGCCACUUCCACUGGCGAGGUGAUUUGUUAUGCUGCCAAAGACUACGUGGGGAAUAUUCCUCUUUCGCAUACCUUCAGAUCAUCUACAUCACCAUCAUCAAGGGGCGCAAUAACAUGUCUCACCUGGUCACCCGAUGGCUAUUGUCUUUUUGUUGGCUAUGAACAUGGCUGGUCUACCUGGUCGGUCUUCGGAAAAGAAGGCGCCUCAAGCUUUCAUACGAAUCUCCACCACGCAGAGUCAAACCAUGAAAAAUGGCUCCUUGCGGUCCACCGAGCAACUUGGAUUAGUGGUGGUGCGGAGAUCCUCCUGACACCCCCCCGGGAAGAUAAAAUAUGGAAGCUUGAAAUGUCGCGCAGUGCAGCUAUGGGCUGUUUCUCUUGUGCGAAUCUUGUCCGUGCGCUCCUUCAAACCCCAUCCGAGUUGACGGUCUAUCGUGGUCACGAAUUGCCAGACUUAACCUCCAUCUCCAACGAAGCAUCACUGUGGCAUCACGCCCAAUAUCCGCCCGUUUAUCUCCACAAUCAAUGGCCGAUCAAAGCAUGUGUCAUCUCCCAAGACGGACGAUACGUCGCCAUAGCAGGCCGACGAGGUCUAGCUCAUUAUAGUGUUCAAAGCGGGCGAUGGAAGACCUUUUCUGACAUCACCGUGGAAAAUUCAUUUGCCGUCCGCGGAGGAAUGUGUUGGUUCAAUCAUAUUCUCGCCGUUGCCACUGAGAACGCCGUUGGCUAUGACCUGCGCCUUUAUUCUCGCGAACUCGAACUCGGUCGUUUCCCCCUCCACACUGAAGCAUUCUCUAUGCCAAUCGUGUUUGUGGGCCCCUCUGGUGAGGACUCUUUACUGGUCUACACCUAUGAGAAUAUCCUCUAUCAUUACAUUCUGAAUAUACCGAAUCGAGGUGCACAACUCGUGCAAGUCGGCCAAAUCGCCUUUCACGGUAUCGUCCGAGCACCAAGUCGAGUCCGAUCCGUCAGUUGGGUUGUGCCUGAUUCUCAACUUCGAAAUGGCGAUCCGUCACGAGAUGUGGAAUACGCAUCCGUCCUUUUCCUGGUAGAUGACAAAUUGGUUCUUUUACAAUCGUCCCGAAAUGAGGAUGAGCUCAAGUAUGACAUGAGGGUCAUGGCGCAACACGUCGAAUAUUACAUCCUCAUGCGCGACCAGAUAUAUUUCAACUUUACCGGUCCAGAAGAAUCCGCACCGCCGACACCUCUACCCGGAUCAGCAUUCACCAUACGAAGUCAACAUUAUCAUUCUCUGCGAGAUUCUCUUUGGAUAUUUAGUGGUGAGGAACUUCGACUGUGGCCCGACGUUCGUGAUUUAUUUCACCAUGCGGCAGGGGAAUUGAAUACAUCACCACUUCUCUCCAUGUCCGUUGACUUCUAUCCACUAUCGAUCCUCCUGACCAAGGGUGUCGUUCUCGGAAUUGAGUCCGAGCUUCUUCAACGAAGAGACGUCAACUUCGCCCAAUGGCGAUCCGGCAUUCGAACGCAGCUCUUUCUUCCAUACAUUCUUCGCCGUCAAUUAUGCGAAGCGAACGACACCGCCGCAGCGUUUGGGUUGGCGAACCAGUACCAGCAUCUUUCCUAUUUUCCGCAUGCCCUGGAGAUUCUUUUACACCAUGUCCUCGAUGAUGAGGUGGACCGAAGCAAAAAACAAAAAGGUAACGAUGAAUCCCCGGGCUCAUUGCCUGCUGUUCUUUCCUUCUUGCAACUGGUCCUUUCCCCCUCGACAUAUCUCUCAACUGUCGUUCAGUGCAUUCGCAAAAAAGAACUUAGCUCUUGGAAAACACUUUUCGCACACCUCCCACCCCCUCUCGGCCUGUUCGAAGAAGCGCUAGCAUUAGAAGACUUGAAAACCGCCGGAGGAUAUCUCAUUGUGCUUCAAGGCCUUGAGGAAGACGACGAAUCCGAUACUUACGAUGCCCGCAAAUUUGAGGGAUAUGUUAUCCGGCUCAUGAAGUUAGCUCGACAGAAAUCCGAUUUUGAAUUGUGUUCCGAGUUGGCGAGGUUUAUGAUGGGGAUUGAUCCCCAAGGGGAGGCGUUGAGGAGAGUCAUUGCCAGUGUGGGAUUUAGCAAGAAGUCCACGCACCUGGAUCCACAUCGGAGCGUUUCAGGGCCAUUGAAAAUAUUGCCUACGAGGAAGAGGCGAGAACAAGAUGGAGACCAGGGAGAGGAAAGUAGCACAUCGAAUGGAGUGAGCCCUGUGGGUGCUGAAGAUUAUUUCUCUUCCUCGCCCGGUGGUUAUGACGGUUGA